GUCAGUUUAUUUUUUACCCUUCAUGUACCUGGUAUUCUCCCUUUGCGUCGAUUUUUUUUUUAAAAUAAUUUUAUACAGGUAAUGGAGUGGAAUUUACCGUUCCGUACAUUGCCAAACGCCGGUAGGAUAUUUUAAGAUUGUGUAUGGUCUGCAGGGGCAUCUAAUAUAUUUCAGAUCUGCUGCAUAGGCUGAUAGAUCAACUGAAGAACAAUGGAACCACAGGAACAGCAGCUAGAGGGGCCAGAUAAGACAUAUUCCAGCGCUAACAGUAUCCUUUCCUCUCUUGCCUCCACUGAUGAUAUAUGUACUAAAGAUCAGUCAGAUAAUAGACAGGCUUCUAACUUGCUCUGUUCCCCAUGCAAGGAGGACUACACAUCAUUGCAGGUGACAGGUCAGUGUAAGGCAUGGAAAAGGCUAUCUUUUGAUUCACCAGAAGUCAAAGAAUGCAGCAAAACUAAAAUGAAGCAAAAACCGGUCUUGUGGUCGUACACAGAUUACCCAAUAUUUCAAAUGAAGUUCAAUGAGCUGUCGCCAGAUGAAAUGACAGAAUCGUCAAGACAGUUCUUAGCAGAAUUGCAAAAGUACAACCCACGUCUGGAUUGGUUACCUGAUGGCAUGGACCAUAAGAAAAAAACAUUUGUUGGACCUGUGUCAUUGGAAGAUCAAAUUUACCACAACAUGGAAUUUUCAUCAAAUGUGACUGAGAAGUUUUGUGAAUGGUCACUUGGUGGACCUGAAGACAAUGGAAAGUUAGCAGACACGUUUGAAGAAUCUUUUUGUAAUGUAUUUCAUGAAAAUUUAAAUUUUGCAGACAAAAAGCUAGAAUUUAGUUCAGAUUUAGAUGAAUCUAUAAACAGGGGAGACCUAAGAAGAUCUAGGAUUUGGGAGAAGAGCUGCAAACAUGGUGAAGAUUGGUCAGAGAUCAUGAAAGAAGACCUUAAGAAAUUUAUGGAAGUUAUGGAUGAGAUUAAGUUGCAUAAUCAGCCAGAUUAUGACAUGUGGAUGUCUUCUCUAAAACUGUAUCAGAAAUGGGCAGAUGAUCUUAAUGAACCACAGAUAAAUGUACUAGAGGGACAAAAUCAUUGAUAGAUGUUAGGGGAUAGAGAAACUAAUGAUACAUUACAGGGGUUAGAUACAGUUAUUUAAACAUGAAGGGGUGCCUGGUAGUUUGAAAUAAUAACACAGAAACAAGUAUUGUUUAAAAGUGGUGGCAAUAAAGAUUUUAUUAAAAGUCCCUAAAGUUAUUUUUAUUCUAAAAAAAAAAAAAUUUUAAAUAAGAAAAUACUAAAUUAAUAAUAUAAAACAUUAAAAUCUUUGACAGUAGUGGACUGGUAGCUGUGUUAGCUGAUACUCUUUAGAUAUUCGCUCAUUAAAGGGACAGUACACUGUAAAAUUGUUUUUCCAUAAAUGUAUAUUAAAUUACUUGUUAUACCAACUGCAGGGUAUAAAAUAUUUGAGAAAUUGCAUUUUCGGGUUUAUUUGUGUAUCUGAAGUAGCUGGUUUUGUGCUUUGAAACCACAGCCUAUUACAAUGGGUUGAGCUUCAGGUAAUAUCAGAUCUCAUUAUGUUAACACUUGGUGAACACACACUUGCUUCCUUAUCUUAUAUUUGUCUGGAACACCAAAGCUCAAUACAUAGAGAGAACAAUGGAAAAUUAUCAUUUUAUUACUUAACUAUCCUGCAUCCCACUGUGAGUUUAAUUCCUUCUGCUGAUUGUGUUUACUUAGUCUUGUCAAUAGCGUAUACGCCAAUAUCAAAAGUUUCAGUAUAGGUUGGGAAACCACCGGCUAAAUCAGCUAUUUCAAAUGCAGAAAUAUGAGUAAAGGAGCUACUUGCAACCAAUUUAAUACACUCUGGCAGGUAAAAAGGAUCAUUGGGAAUAAUUUAAAGGGGAGAAAGUUUUUGGGUGAACUAUCCCUUUAAGGGCUAGAUUACAAGUGGAGCGCUAUUGUUAGAGCUAGGAGCGUAAAUGCGAUCGCAGUAUUCUUUAUGCUUAAAUCCAUAUGAAAAGGGGAGUGCUAUCAAAAUUAUCGCAAAUGCUUUUGCGCGAACUCACUUUUAUUUACGCUCCCCAUAUUUUUUAUGGGGAGCAUAAAGCGCUAAUGUGCUUUACAAGUUGAAAAUAAAGGCGACCGUGCAAGCGCAAUCACAUUUACCGAUUAUGCAACUUUAAAGGUUGCAUAAUGAGUUUGUCCAGAUGAAACAGUUGCACUAAACUACACUAAUCACCAUUAAACCUUUUAUCACCCCACAUCACAAACACUGAACUAUUAACCCCUAAACUGCCACCCCCCACAUCGCAAAGUGAUAAACGAACAUCUAAACCCCUAACUUAACCCAAAUUAAAAUACCAAUUUACAAAAAAUUCAUAACUACCUUAAAAAUAAACUUGCCUGUAAAAUUCAAUAAAAACCUAAUCUUACAUUUAAAAAUAAAAAAAACCUAACAUUACAAAAAAAAUUCUAACAUUACAGAAAAUAAAAAAGUAAUUACCAAAAAAAAAUAAAAAAAUGUAAUCCUCUUCUAAUACCCCCCCCCCCCCCAAACAAACACCCCAAAAUAAAAAAGCCAUAUUCUAAAACUAAACUACCAAUAGCCCUUAAAAGGGCCUUUUGUAGGGCAUUGCCCUAAAGCGAUCACAGCUCCUUAUAAUAAUAAUAAAAAAAACAUUACCCCCUCUAAAAUCUGUGCUUAAAUGGGCAUACACACCUUGAGAUUGUAAUACAAAAUGUUUACUUCCAUUAAAAGAAAUGUGCAGUCUUUUAUAUUUACAAUUUUUGAGUCACCAGAUCCUACUGAGCAUGUGCAAGAAUUCAGACUAUACGUAUAUGCAUUUGUGAUUGGCUGAUUGCUAUCACAUGGUACAAGGGGAGUAGAAAUAUACAUAACUUUGAAAUUUGUUAUAAAAAAAUCUACUACUCAUUUGAAGUUCAGACUAAGUGCUAUUGCAUUGUCUUGUUAUAUUGCUUUUGUUGAUUAUGCAAAUCUAAUGUGUUGACUGGUCCUUUAAUAAUGGAUAGUUUAAUAAAAAUAUUUUGCUUUUUUUUUUAA